AUGGCGUGCGGUGGCUGCGCGAUGCCAUCGCUGGCGCGCCGGACGGGGCGCGCCACCGCUGCCGGGAGGGCCGUUUCGGGGGGCUGCGGCGCCGUGGUGCGCCCCGGAGCGCACGGACACGCACUGCGCCCCUCCUCUGUCGUGGCCCUGCGCCGAGAGCUCCGGCUGCGGGCACAGGCGAGGGACGCCGAGCUCUCGAGCUCCGAGACCUCGCCGGCUGAGACCCCGCGCGAGGCGGCGGCGGGCGGGGAGCCCUCGCAGGGCCCGCGACCGGCGCCCAAGGAGCAGGCAGGAUCCCGCCUUCCAGGUUUGGCCGCGGGCACGGCGCUGCUGUCGGGCGCGGGCAUCAUGGGCACCGGCUUCGACGUCUCCGGGCCGGGGUCGUACGCGGAGGCCAUCCUGGUGCUCUGUGCGAUCGUCGGAAUCCACGAGUUCGGCCACUUUUCUGCCGCGCGCUCCCUCGGGAUCCACGUCAACAAAUUCUCGAUCGGUUUCGGGCCCAUCCUGGCCGCGUUCGAGAAGGACAACGUCGAGUACAGCCUCCGGGCGUUCCCGCUGGGCGGCUUCGUGGGGUUCCCGGACGAGGACCCCGACUCGGAGUUCGAGCCGGACGACCCGGACCUGAUGAAGAACCGCCCCGUGCUGGACCGCUUCAUCGUGACCAGCGCGGGCAUUGUGGCCAACGUCAUCCUCGCGUGGUCGGUGCUUUUCGCCCAGUUCGAGGUCAUGGGCACGCCCGACGUGACGUACAAGCCGGGCGUGCUCGUCGCGCAGACGACCGAGACCUCGCUCGCGCGGCAGGCCGGCAUCCAGCCUGGGGACAUUAUCACGAAGAUCGGCAGCUACAACGUGGGGGCGAGCGAGGCGGCCGUGAACGAAGUCGUCCAGACCAUCAGGGAUUACGCCGGGCGCGACCUCAACGUCGAGUACCUCCGGGGCGGCGCGCCAGGCUCUCUCGUGCUCCGCCCGGACCCCGCCGUCGGCCGCAUCGGCGUCCAGCUCGGCCCGAACGCCGACGUGAAGCGCGUCCCGGCUCCCUCUCCGCUCGCAGCCGCCAACGCGGCCACCGAGCAGACCUGGAAGCUCACCCGCACCAUCGCGAACGGCCUCGCUAUGUUGUUUAGCAACUUCAGCCAGUCGGCACAGCAGCUCUCCGGGCCCGUCGCGAUCGUCGCGGCCGGCGCGGACAUCGCGCGCGCCGACUCCUCGGGCCUCGCGCAGUUCUGCGCCGUCGUCUCGCUCAACCUCGCCGUUGUUAACGCGCUCCCGCUCCCGGGACUCGACGGCGGGUACAUGGCGCUGCAGGCCGCGGAGGUGCUGCGGGGGAAGAAGCUGCCGAACGAGGUGGAGCGGGGGAUCAUGGGCACGGGGUUCCUCAUGCUCAUGACCGCGGGGCUCGCGCUCAUCGCGCGGGACACGGCGAAUCUGAUUCAGUGA